CGCCUCUCAUUGGUGCCUCCAUGUGUCAGUCAGAGCGUGGUCUCUCUGCACAUGGAGGGAAUGAAGCCACGUUGACACCAAUUAAUGUUGUUGUAGCGUUUGAUUUUCUACAACACAGAACCGAAUCUUCAGUUCACAGUGAAUCUCGGCGGAGGUAGGAAUCAUCAGGAUGAGUGUGGGCUUCAUUGGAGCGGGUCAGCUGGCACAUGCCCUGGUCAAGGGAUUCACAGCAGCGGGUGUAAUUGCUGCAAACAGAAUCACAGCGAGUUCACCUGACACAGAUCUGCCAACAGUCUCCGGUCUGCGGAAAAUGGGCGUCAGUUUGACUACAAGCAACAAAGAAGCCACACACAAGAGUGACGUUCUGUUCCUGGCGGUCAAGCCGCACAUCAUCCCGUUCGUUCUGGAUGAAAUCGGUCCGGAUAUCGAGGACCGUCACCUUAUCGUCUCCUGUGCUGCCGGAGUCACGAUCAGCUCCAUCGAGAAGAAGCUGCUUCAGUACCGCACGUCUCCUAAAGUGAUGCGCUGCAUGACCAACACUCCGGUGGUGGUGCGCGAGGGAGCGACGGUUUACGCCACGGGAACUCACGCUGACGUGGAGGACGGGAAGCUCCUGGAGCAGCUCAUGGCGAGCGUCGGCUUCUGUACGGAGGUGGAGGAGGAUCUGAUCGAUGCCGUGACGGGCCUCAGCGGCAGCGGACCUGCUUACGCGUUUACGGCUCUGGACGCUCUGGCUGAUGGCGGGGUGAAGAUGGGGUUGCCACGGAGACUGGCGGUGAGACUGGGAGCUCAAGCUUUACUGGGUGCGGCUAAAAUGCUUUUGGACUCGGAGCAGCACCCGGGACAACUGAAGGACAACGUCUGCUCACCAGGUGGCGCUACAAUCCACGCGCUGCACUUCCUGGAGAGCGGUGGCUUCCGGAGUCUCCUAAUCAACGCCGUGGAGGCGUCCUGCAUCCGAACCCGGGAGCUGCAGUCUCUGGCCGAUCAGGAGAGGAUCUCGCCCGCUGCCAUCAAGAAGACGACGCUGGAUAAAGUGCUGCAGCAGCCGGGCGUCUCGUCCACGUCAGUGGGAACCAAGAGCAGAGUGAACCUGUUCAACAACCGGAGCGGCGCCAAGAAGAACUGAACAUGACGGUCUGAUCUCUCACGGGACAAUACAAGAUGAUGGCAGUGGCGUCCGUCCAUACAAACACACACAAUCAGACUGAAGUGCAUUAUGAUGUUACACUAGUACAGGAAAUGAUGUCAUUAUGGAGUGUCAUUUUUAUGCCAUAUCGCUGAGAAUUUAAAGGAAGUAAUAUAAAAUGUCAGUAGUCACUUUACGGUCAUUUGCACACGAACCUUCAGACCUGUUGAUUUUUCUGUGUGGCUCUUUAAAAGUAAUUUCUUUACUUCUCUUGAUCUCUUUUGAAUAUGUUACCUCUUUUUCAAACACUUCAUGGGGAUUUAUUGUAGAUCUGAUGCCCGUAUAUAAUUUUUUUUGUUUGUUAUUUUUAAAACGUUGGCGAAAAUAAUGGAUGUCAAACAGCCAAAGUGUUUUGUAAGCCGGUUGUCAUGUGCGAAGCAUCUUUCUGUCUGUCCGUUAUGUGUAUUUCUAUUGCAGAAAACCACAUAAAUGGUGCUUAAUGUUAAAAAAGAA